AUGUUCAGCAUCCUCUGGUCCACCGUCCAGAUGCUCAUGAGCAACUUCUUCAUGCCCUUCACCGACAUCAACUUCAAGUGGCUCACCGUGCUGCGCUGGUUCAGCGCCCUCUACUACUCAUUUGAGGGCCUCGCCCGCAUCGAGUUCGGCGGCGCCAAGUUCGACUGCUCCGGCGGCGUCGACCCCGCAGGCGUCACGUUCCUGAAGCAGCUGCUGCCCAACAGCCGGUUCCUCAACAUGUCGGCGGUCAGCGGCGCGCUGACCAACCCCGGGGCGGACUGCGUCGCGGACACAGUCGCGCUGCUGGACUACUACCAGUUCCACCGGCCGUUUGCCAAGACCGUCGGGAUCCUCUUCUCGUACUGGGUUAUCGUGCACAUCUGCACCUAUAGCGCGAUGGUGUUUGUCGGCCGGAAGGAGCGGCGCUGA